AGGGCGGCCCAACGAAGAAGCCUUAAACCUAACUGAGAGAAGCCCUUCAAUUAACACACGCACACACACACACAAAAAAAAAAAAAAAAAAAACUCUUAAAUCCAAUCCUCCAAAUUUCCCAGAGAAUAAGGAAAGGGGGGAACUCAAAGCUAGGGUUAGGGUUGAAUUUUGCAGAAAAUGGCAAUGAGGAAAGUUUAUAGCGAGAUAAAAGGGAUGAAAGUGAAGGAAGUCCCUAACUACGUGAAACCGAUGCUAUCUAUGGAUUACGUGAAGAAAGCUUUUCAAAAGGGUUUGGACAAUUACAAUUCAAAGUACAUUCAAACCGAUUCGAUCCAGCCUCUUUACCAUGUCUGUUUCGGUGGGAUGGCCUUUUCUUACCUCGUCGCUCUCCCAAAUGAGCGUCGCCAUCUGGAGCACCAGCAACACCCCAAGGAACAUGGUCAUCACUGAUCCCCGCCCAGGUUCUUCUGGUUGUAAUUUCUGAACAAUUUAGGCAGGAAGAUACUGUCUUUGAUCAAAUGCGUUGCAGCAUUAUGGUGAUAAAAUAAAAUUAAAAAUACAAUGGAUUUUUGUUAUGGUGGUCUGUUGUUGAUUUCUAUUGACUAUUUUUUGUUGGGUGUUGAUAAGUUGGGGAUCAAUCGAUGAAAUACUGAAUUGUUUUUUUAUAGUGGAAAUUGACUGCAAAUUUAGGCUCAUUUGUUUGAGAGAAAA